AUGCAUUAUUGCCCUUACUCCACCAUAACUAAGACACUACUAGUAAUAAGAAAUUAGAAACGGGAAUAAACAGUAAAGUGGUCGGGGAAUUUUCAUAUAUUCGCCAACUUUAUGGGAUUCUCAAUAUCAUUUUCUACUUCCACGCCCAUUAUUAACGUAUCCAAAUUAAAGCUCCUCCUUCUUAACCUACUUUUCUUCACUCUUCUUUCUCUUCCGUAAGCUUCUCUAGCUGAAGGCUAAAUACAGAGAGAAGCAAAACAGGAAACGAACAAGAAACUAAAGAUGAAGGAUUGGGCAGCUCCGAUCAUAGCGACGGCGUUAUUUGCGUUUCUAUGUCCAGGACUAAUAUUUCAGAUGCCAGGGAACAAUAGGCCUGUUGAUUUCAUGAAUAUGAAGACCACCUUCGUUUCUAUGUUGCUUCACACUGUUUUCUUUGGUUUGUUUCUUAUUCUCUUCCUCGUUAUUCUCAAUAUACAUCUCUAUGCUUAGCUACCAAGAAAACAUAUACCGUAGAUGAGAGAUGCUCCACCAAUAUUUCAUUAAUUUACGACUUUGCUAGUUUUUGAUAUUCAAGGUAAUUCGGCUUUAUUUCAGAGUCGUAAGAAUUACAAUCUGUAGGAGCUUCUUUUGCAAAUUCUACUUUGGUAUUCUGAUUGUGGUUUUUGAUUGAAUCUCAUAAGACCAAUUUGUUUGAUUUUCCAAACAACUAAAGUCACAUAUUACUACCUGCUUUUUCCUUUGGAUUCAA